AUGAUGGCAACGUCGGCGGCAGAUUUGGCUUCGAUGCCACUGCAGCAUAACGUCUGCGUCGCGACGGCGCGGUUGCGGCUGCGGCCCGUGGAGGCGGGUGAUUUGCGUGCGAUUCAUCGGAUGAGGUUGGAUUCUGAGGUUAUGCGGUACAUGCCCGGCGUCGAGACCGUGGUUGUGGCGGAGGAGAGUCGACGGAGUAUCGAGAGGGUACGACUCAUGAUGAAGGAAGGGGGGUUCUCAUUUGCUGUUAUGCAGAGAAAUCACCCGACAGAUGGACAAACUAAGAAAACCGAUAACGACACCGAAGCGAACGAGGUAACGGCGGAGGCAGCCGUGAUUGGAUUCAUCGGCAUCACGAGCCCGCCGCAGAUAUUCUACAUUUUCCAACGAGCGUCUUGGGGGAUGGGGUACGCCACUGAGGCGCUGCGGGCGUUUUUAGGGGCGUAUUGGGCUCGACGAAGAGGUCCCCACGGGACGGACUGCGUGCCCGACGGCGGACGGAGAUUGUUUUCGAGGCCGGAGGACAGCAGUGAGGUAGAAGGAGGAAGAUGGUAUGGAGAAGAGAAAGGAGAAGGGCUUGGGAACGUGCUGGAGGCGCAUGUCCAUGAUGGAAACGUGGGCAGUGAAACGGUGCUGCGGAGGUGCGGGUUUGAGUUUGCGUGGGAGACGGUCACGUCUGCGCAUGGACGGGAUGAUGUUAGGUGUAUGGUGUAUCGAAUAGAGCGGCCGGAAUGA